AUGGCAUCUUCUAUGGGUACUCCAAGCAAUCAAGCAUCAACAAAUAAUGAUACACCACUUGAAGCACCAUCUAAUUCUUCGAUUGAAGCAAUAGUAAAUGAGAUAUUGGAAUUAGGUUCUGGUGGAUUAUCGACUGCAGGUGAAGAUGUUGCAAGACAAGAUAUACAACGUCGAACAAGGGGGCCUACUUUAGGAAGAACUGCUCCAGAAGAUGCAAAUAGAAAACGUACUUUGACAAUUCUUGGUGAUAGCAUUUUUGCGGAGAAAGGGGUAUCAUCAACUAUUGUUAAAAUAAUUAAAAAUUAUUUUACCGGGGUGUGGCCAACAUGGAAAAAAAUUCCAGAUGAUGUAAAAGAAGCUAUGUGGAAGAAAUUUGGGGAAUAUUUUACUUGGCCUUUACAAGAGGAACCUAAUGUGCGAAGAGUAUGGGAAAAGACAUGUAAGGAGCGAUUCAAAGACACAUUGAAUGGUGAAAGAACAAAAGCUAUGAAAGAAGCUGGUGUCACUGAUAUUGUUGAUAUUAAGAAGUGUAAAGGAAUGAAAAGAUAGUGGAUGCCAACUGAAAUAUUGGAUGCUUUGAUAGAUACAGUUUGGAGUACAGAGAGUUGGCAAAACAAAUCCAAGAAAGCAUUGGUCAAUUGUUUAACU